GUCUCUCCGCCUGUACCCCAUCCAGCUGUUGUCUCUUCACCUGCACCCCAUCCAGCUGUGCUCUCUCCGCCUGCACCCCAUCCAGCUGUGCUCUCUCCGCCUGCACCCCAUCCAUCUUUCCCCUCCCUCCUUUCUCUUUGCCCUUUUCUCCCCCAUUUCCUGAUCUUUCUGUUUCACCCCAAUUUUAUCUUUUUCUUCCCAAAUUCCUGCCCUCCUCCCCAUCACUUCCUUCCCCUCCUGCCCCCACCCCCAACUUCUGCUUCAGCCCCUGCUCCCGUCAUCCCCUCCCGACGCGACAUGGAGCCGCGGGCUCUGCUCGCCUGCCUGGGGGCAGUGCUGACCUCCUGCUGCGGCUCCGGGGUGGACGUGGAGACGGCGGUGGCGUUUCACGGCGAUGCCAGCGGGGCUUUCGGGCAGGCCGUGGCUCAGUUCGGCACCACCGAUGACGGCGGGAUCCUCGUGGGCGCCCCAUUGCAGCGCGGCGCCGUCAGCCAGACGGGGAUGAUUUACCUGUGCCGGCACCUCUCGGGGAAGUGCCAGGAGGUCCCUGUCUCCGGACCCCCAGGAGCUGUCAAUGCAUCCCUGGGGUUAGCGCUGGCUUCUGGGGACACCAAGGCUCUGGCCUGCGCCCCCACGGUGCCCCAAACCUGCGGGAAGAACGUCUACCUCAACGGCUUCUGCAUCCUCCUUGACAGCAACCUCCAGCAGCUCCAGCGCCUCCCCGAUGCCCCGCCAGGGUGUCCCAAGGGCUUCUCGGAUGUGGUGUUCCUCAUCGAUGGUUCAGGCAGCAUCCAUCCGUGGGAGUUCAGGACGAUGAAGACCUUCAUCACAGAGGUGAUGAAGCGCUUCAAGGGCACCGACACACAGUUUGCUCUCACCCAGUUCUCCAGUAUCGUCUUGAACCACUUCGACUUCAAAACCUUCCGGAGGUCCCACAACCCCAUCGUGCUGCUGGAUCAGGUGCAUCAGCUCCAGGGCCCCACCCGCACUGCCACCGCCAUCUGGGAAGUCCUGACGCAGAUGUUCAUCCCUGAAAAAGGGGCCCGAAAAGAUGCCAGCAAGAUCCUCAUUGUGAUCACGGAUGGGAAGAAGUAUGAUGACAGAAUGGAGUACUCAGAAGUCAUCCCACUGGCUCAGCAGAUGGGGAUCACCCGCUACGCCAUCGGGGUGGGCAAUGCCUUCAGGGAUCCAGCCGCCGAAGAAGAGCUCCGCACCAUCGCCUCUCAACCCAGCAAGGACCACGUCUUCCGGGUGGACAACUUCGAUGCCCUGCAAGGCAUCCAGAACCAGCUGCAGGAGAAGAUCUUCGCCAUCGAGGGCACCCAGUCUGCCCAGAGCAGCUCCUUCCAGCUGGAGAUGGCCCAGGAGGGCUUCAGCGCCCUGAUCACCCCCGAGGGGCCCGUACUGGGAGCGGUGGGUGCCUACGACUGGUCCGGAGGGGUCUUUGUCUACGACAGCAGUGGGAAGGCCACCUUCGUCAACGUGUCCCAAGACGCUGGGGACAUGAACGACGCCUACUUGGGCUACGCGGCCGAGUCCCUCUCCCUGGAGGGCGGGCGGGCGCUGGCGCUGGGGGCCCCCCGCUACCGCCACGUUGGCCGCCUCCUCCUCUUCCGCCUGCGCAGCCCCCGGGCUGGCUGGACACUCCUGGCCGAUGCCACGGGGCCGCAGGUGGGCUCCUACUUCGGGGCGUCCCUGUGCGCGCUGGAUGCCGACGGGGACGGCUGGGACGAGGCGGUGCUGGUGGGGGCCCCCAUGUUCUAUGGGUCUGACAGCGGGGGCCGCGUGCACGUCUGCACCCUGAAGCUGAAGGGCAGCCAGCUGCGGUGCCAGCAGACGCUGCAGGGCCAGCCCGGGCACCUCUUGGGGCGCUUUGGGGCCAGCCUGGCGCGCCUGGGGGACGUCAACGGGGACCAGUGGCCCGACGUGGCCGUGGGGGCCCCGCUGGAGGAUGGGGAGCGAGGGGCCGUCUACGUCUUCCACGGGAUGCGGGGCGGCGUUGCCCCCCGGUACAGCCAGCGCGUCUCAGGCGCCCAGUUCUCCAGCGGGCCACGCUAUUUUGGGCAGGCCAUCAGCGGUGGCCGGGACCUGACGGGGGACAGGCUGCCGGACGUGGCCGUGGGCGCCCGGGGACAGGUCCUGCUGCUCAGGUCCCAGCCGCUGCUGAGGGUCCGUGUGACGGUGGCUUUCCAGCCCCAGGAGAUCCCCAAGGCCGCCUUUGACUGUCAGGAGGAGGAAGCGCCCAAGGGAGAAGUGGCCAAGGCUGACAUCUGCUUCCUCAGCACCAAGAAAACCCCUGACAACUUUGGCAACCAGCUUUCCACCACGCUGCGGUACCGGGCGGCGCUGGACCCCGGCCGGGCGAUGGUGCGGGCCGUCUUUGCCGGCAGCGGCGCCGUCCGAAACGGGACCCUCCAGCUGGGCGUGGGGCGGAGGUGCCAGACCUUCGCCGUCGCCUUCAGGGGGUGUCCCCGAGACACGCUGACCCCCCUGGUGCUGCGCCUCAUCUACGAUGCCACGGGGGACCCCGUCAGGGUGGCCGGCGGCCUGCGGCCGGCCUUGAGCGAGGACUCGGAGACGGUGGCCGUGGGCACGCUGCCCUUCGAGAAGGACUGCGGCACCGACAACGUCUGUGUCGACGACCUCCAGAUCUCCUUCAGCUUCUCGGGGCUGGAAACCGUCGUGGUGGGGGUGACCGACGUGGUGGGCAUCACCGUCACCCUCUGCAACCGCGGGGAGGACUCGUACAGGGCCACUGUCCAGCUGCAGCACGCCGCGGCCCUCUCCUACCGCAAAGCCGCGGUCCUACAGUCCUCCAGGAGGUCGACCUCCCUGCGCUGCAACUCGGAGCCGGCGGAGGGGUCGUGGCGCAGGACCCUCUGCCUCGUCAACCACCCCAUCUUCCACCCCAACACCGAGGUCGUGUUCAGCCUCACCCUGGACGUGCCCCACGACGCGGAGCUGGGGGACGUGCUGGAGGUGGUGGCCAAUGCCAGCAGUGACAACGGGGCGCCGGGCGGCCGCGGGCAGCGCGCCCAGAUCCCGGUGAAGUACGGCGUCUUCCUCGUCCUCACCAGCGCCCCGGAGUCCACCAAGUACGUCAACGUCUCGACGCGCGCGGGGGCCCCCGCCAGCGCCACCGUCGCCCACCACUACGAGGUGAAGAUCCUGGGCCAGCGGGGCCUCCCCAUCAAUGUCACCUUCCGGGUCCCCUCCGCCCUGGGGGGGACCCCGCUGUGGGAGAAGUUGGAGGUGACCCCUGACCAGGAGCCGGUGCAGUGUCAGGUGGUGGCCGAGCACCCGGGGCUGGGGGUCCCCGACAUCCCCUCGCGGCUGCAGGAGCGCCCUGUCGUGGACUGCGCCGUGGCCGCCUGCCGGGAGCUGCAGUGCCAGGUCAAGGAGCUGGAGCCCCCCCGGGCCCUGGGGUUCAGGCUCGGGGGGCACCUGGCCCUGGGCUGGGUGGCAAAGGCCCAGCAGCCCAAGGUGGUCGUGCAGAGCUCGGCCCAGGUCCUCUACGACAUGGGGCGCUACUGGAACAGGGCAGGGGAAACCCAGCUCCAGGUGCAGACGGAGGUGGAGCGCCUGGAGUCCCCCAACCCUCUGCCCCUCAUCCUGGGGGGCACCGUGGGGGGGCUCGUCCUGCUGGGGCUGGUGGUUCUGGCGCUCUACAAGGUGGGCUUCUUCAAGCGACGCUACAAGGAUCUCAUGGAGGGCAACGAGACCCACACGGCUCCCCUGGGUGACCCCCAGCAGUGAGGCGCCCCCGGAAGCCUGGGUCCCCCUGGGGGGUGGGUGGGGGGGUGCCCAGACUCCUGGGUUCAUCUAGGGGUCCCCCUCGUUAAACCCCGAGUGGCUCAA